AUAAUAAUAAUUCCGUGAAAUGUCAUAAUUUGUAGCAUACAUUAUUUUUUUAAUAAUUUGUGUAGAAUUUUACCAUUAAUUAACUUUAAAUGUGAGUGAAAAAUGUUGUGAAUCGAAGAUGGAAACAUUUUCACUAUGAUAAAAAGUGUAUAAUAAGAAAAAAUGACUAAAAAAUUCGAGUUUGAUUGGCGUAUUCCUGUCCCGGAACCACUUUUGAAUGGCUGUGUUUUUGAUAGAUGGUAUGAAGACAAAGAUAACACUGAGUAUGAAUCAAAUGCCCUUUUUAAAGUUGAUGAAUAUGGUUUUUUUAUAUAUUGGAAGAGUGAUGGAAAGGAGGGAGAUGUUAUUGAGCUGUGUCAAGUGAGUGAUAUAAGAGCAGGAGGUGUUCCGUCAGAUAAAAAAUUGCUUAGUAAUCUUCAAAAACAUGGAAGUGAUUUAGAAGAAAAAUCACUUACCAUUUGUAGUGGCACAGAUUAUAUAAAUAUUAAUUACCAGCAUGUGGUUUGCCCUGAUGCUCAAACAGCAAAGACUUGGCAGGAAGGUUUACGCAAAAUUACACAUAACAACAAAAUAAACAAUGUCUGUCCACGCACCGCUUUAAUGAAACAUUGGAUGCGACUGGGAUUUUUGGUAGAUUCAAAAGGUAAGGUACCAGUGAAAGUAAUUGCCAAAACAUUUGCCUCUGGGAAAACGGAAAAGUUAGUGUACCAGUACCUGUCAGAAUUAGGACUUCCAAAUGGUAAAAAUGACUCCAUUGAGAAGGACCAAUUCACUUUUGACAAAUUUUAUGCCCUGUAUCAUAAGAUUUGUCCACGGAACGACAUCGAAGAAUUGUUUAGAACAAUUACCCAGGGAAAAGCAGACUACAUUGGUGUAGAGCAAUUCAUCAACUUUCUCAACGAAAAGCAACGUGAUCCAAGACUUAACGAAAUUUUGUACCCGCUGUAUGAUGAAAAAAGAGCAGCGGAAAUUAUUGAAACUUAUGAGCAGGAUGAGGCUUACCGGAAGGAAAAUCGAUUAACAAAGGAUGGACUUAUAAGAUACCUAAUGUCUGACGAAAACGCGCCUGUAUUUCUCGAUCGAUUGGAUAUUUAUAUGGAAAUGGAUCAACCCCUGUGUGCCUACUAUAUCAAUUCUAGUCAUAACACGUACUUGUCCGGUCGACAAUUUGGCGGGAAAUCUUCGGUUGAAAUGUACAGACAAGUUUUAUUGGCAGGGUGCAGAUGUGUCGAAUUGGACUGUUGGGAUGGGAAGGGCGAAGACGAAGAGCCUAUAAUAACCCACGGGAAAGCCAUGUGUACCGAUAUUCUUUUUAAGGAUGUUAUUUACGCUAUUCGGGACACAGCCUUCGUUACUUCUGAUUAUCCGGUAAUAUUAUCUUUCGAAAAUCACUGUUGCAAAGCGCAACAGUACAAACUUGCAAAGUACUGCGAUGAAAUUUUUGGUGAUCUCCUUCUCAAGGAGCCUCUUCCGGAUUAUCCUUUGGAGCCUGGAGCCCCUCUUCCUCCACCGUGUUUGUUAAAAAGGAAAAUAAUGAUAAAAAAUAAGAGAUUGAAACCGGAAGUAGAAAAGCAGGAACUGGAACUAUUUAGACAGGGGCAGUUUGUCAUAGAAGAUGAGGAGAAGGAAGAUGCCAGCGCACCAGCUCCUGCCCCUGACAAGAUGAGUGCCAUUCCAGACGUUCCAGCAGAUGCACCGCCUCCAGAUGCUGUCCCAGCAGAUGGAGCCGGAGGUGAAGCGGCCCCUAUUCAAUAUACAGGUUCAACGACCAAUGUGCACCCUUGGUUGAGUUCUAUGAUCAACUAUGCUCAACCAGUCAAAUUUCAGAGUUGGGAAGUUGCUGAAAAAAAGAACAUUCACCAUAACAUGUCGAGCUUCUCGGAACCCGUUGGUCUGAAUUACCUAAAAACGUCUGCGAUUGAAUUCGUCAACUACAACAAAAGACAAAUGUCACGAAUUUAUCCCAGCGGUACGCGUGCCAAUUCUUCGAACUAUAUGCCUCAGGUCUUUUGGAACGCUGGUUGCCAAAUGGUCUCCCUCAAUUUUCAAACGUCCGAUCUUCCCAUGCAACUUAACCAAGGAAAAUUUGAGUACAACGGUAACUGUGGCUACUUACUUAAACCUGACUUUAUGAGAAGACACGACCGUAUUUUCGAUCCUUUCGCCGAAAGUCCGGUUGAUGGUGUCAUAGCCGCGCAAUGCGCUGUCCAAGUUAUUUCAGGUCAAUUCUUGUCUGACAAAAAAGUAGGGACCUAUGUAGAGGUUGACAUGUAUGGCUUGCCAACUGAUACUAUUAGAAAAGAAUUUAAGACCCGAAUGGUCCCUGCAAACGGUCUAAACCCAGUUUACAACGAAGAGCCAUUCCUUUUCCGAAAAGUAGUACUUCCCGAUUUAGCGGUUCUUAGAUUUGGAGUAUACGAUGAAAACGGAAAGCUUUUAGGGCAACGAAUUUUACCUUUGGAUGGACUGCAAGCGGGUUAUCGACAUAUAUCCUUGAGGACCGAGGCGAACUUCCCAAUGUCAUUGCCCAUGCUAUUCUGUAACAUCGAGUUGAAAAUUUAUGUACCUGAUGGCUUCGAAGACUUUAUGGCCGCUCUAAGUGACCCAAGAGGCUUCAUUGGAGCCCAACAAAAACAAAGUGAACAGAUGUCUUCGAUGGGCAUAGAGGUUACCGAUAAAGGAGGCCAUAAGGACGAUAAAAAGGAAGAGAAGAAAGAAGAGCCGCUUGUUUUUGAACCCAUUACAAUCGAAUACAUCAGACAAGACAAAGGCUUCCAAAAGAGCACGAAGAAACAACAAAAAGAAUUUGAUAGCAUGAAGAAAAAACAAAUGAAAGAAAAACUUGCUGUUCAAAAAGCCCAAUGCACUGCAAUCGAAAAGCUUAUUAAGGGCAAAAAUAAAGACGAUCUAGUAAAUGACCAGGCUGUGAGAAAAUUGGUAGAAGAACAAACGGCUCAGUGGAGUGAGCUUAUGGAGAGGCAUCGUAAGCAGGAGUGGGAGUACUUGAGGAAUCAGCUUGAAGAACAGAAGGAUCUUUUGAGAAAGCACAUGGAACUCUUACAAGCUGGACAGAUGAAACAGUUGGAAGCCAAACACGAAAAAGAACUGAAAGAGAUGAACACAAGACAAGCCAAAAUUUCCGUGGAAACUGCCAAAGAAAUCGCAAACGAUAAAACGUUGAAGACAAAACAGGAAAAAGACAGACGUUUAAGAGAGAAACAACAGAACAAUACCAAGAAAUUUUUGGAUGAAAGGAAAACUGCCACUAUAAAGCAAGCAAAGGAAAAGGAGAAAUUGAAAAUCAAACAUGAUAAGCAGUUGGAAAUGUUGUCUCAUGAUAUUCAGAAAAUGAUUGAGAUGUAUAAGAACGAAGAAUUAGAAUAUGACAUGUCAACCAAAAAGGAAUUCUUUGUUUAGAAAGACAAAUGAAAACAAAGAAGAAUUGUUGCAUUUAGACCAAGUUGUUAAUGGGGUAUGUGAGUGAGAUAGAUCGGUUUUUGUUCAAUCUAAAAUAUGACUUCAUUUGAAAAUUUAGUUUAGAAAAAAUCUUAAUGAAUUAUUAAAUUUUAGUUCUUUCAAGUGAGUCAUAUUGUAAUUUUUAUAUUUUCAAAUUUAUUUGUAUUUUUACAUACCAAGAAGAAGCAAUGACAAAAUCGUUUUACAUGUGUGUAGUCAUUAUUACUUUUUAUAAAAUUUAACACGAUUUAAUUAGUAUUUACGUUAAACAAAAAACAAUAUUUUACCAAAAAUACGCUAUUGUUUUUUCAUUUAAGUAUACAAUUCAUUCCAUUUCAAUAAGAAUAAUAUAUAUCGUUGAAAAAUAUAUUAUUAAAAAGGAAUUAUAAUUGAAAUAUAAUUUUUUUAUGUAUGUAAUCACACAUUAAAAAAAUAAUGUUCAGCUUCUUCAUUUACAUAAUCAUUAAAAAAUAUUUUAUUUUGGAAACUGGAAAUUUUCUGUAGUUUAUACCCUUCACACAUUCGCUAUAAAUAUAAGCAGAUAUAGUACUGACGGUUGAUCUGAGUUUUUAAUAGUUGUUUGACAAGUUUACCUGUUAUUGGAAUCUAAUUAGCUGUUGAAAACAAUAGAAAAAUACGAAAUUGAUUGUCUUCCUUAUGUAUUGGGAUCAGUCAAAUGGGAGGAGCUUAAAAACACGGCACUGUUGAGGGAAAGUUUUUCAUAGCCCUUAUAGUGUACCGUAUAAUCACGGGCUUUUUGUAUUGAAGUAAAAUGGUUAGUGUUGGCCUAAUAUGUGAUUGGGCUGAUACAAACCCUAGAAAAAGUAAUUUCAUUUUUUUAAACAAAUCUGAGAGUGAACCUUCAGAUGUUAUGAAUUUUAGUAAAUUUGCCCUUAUUCCUGUUACAAAUUUUUCCACCAAGUGGUGCAUUCCUAUUUGACGUAUCCUAAUAAUGUUCUAACAUUAUUUUUUUAAAGGCCAUAGUCAGGCAAGUUUGGACAUUUGGACAAUUUGCAGUGGUAAAUUUCAUGUUUUUUUUUGUCUAACUUACGACUGAUUGUUAUUUAUAAACUGACUGGUUACGAUAAGUCAGAAGUAGAAUCUCACUUUUCGACUUUUUAAAGCGUUAUGGUCAUUGCUUUAGGGGGUAGUCCGUCCAUACUUACCUAAUAAAGGCCUUUGAAAAUCAUUUUGUUAUAAUCGUUUUUCUAAUUCGAAUAUAUUCAGGAAAUAGUUUGAAUUCUAUUUGAAUAUUCGUACUUUAGCUAAAAUAUUAAAAAUAAUAUCGUAGUAUGUUAUUACGUUAAUGUAAUCUGAAUAGUAAUGUUUAUGUGCAAUAUUUUCAUUAAUUCAAUUCAAUUAAACUAUCAUCUAAAUUGUGUAAUCGUGUACUUAAUCUAUUUUCCAUUUAGUAUUAUCGAAGUAUUU